AUGUCUCAUACAAAUUCGCCAAUGGAUAAACCAUUUGAGAAAGGCAUAGAGGCUGAUAAACCAUUUGAGAAAGGCAUAGAGGCUGAUAAACCAUUUGAGAAAGGCAUAGAGGCUGAUAAACCAUUUGAGAAAGGCAUAGAGGCUGAUAAACCAUUUGAGAAAGGCAUAGAGGCUGAUAAACCAUUUGAGAAAGGCAUAGAGGCUGACAAACCAUUUGAGAAAGGUAAAGAAGCAGAAUAUAGUAGGCAGAUCAAAAAAGGUCAAGGUCAAUCUCAGCAACAAGUUACGUCUCCUGUACCUUUGAGAUCCUCAAAUACGGGUUUAGUAUCGCCUCAAGCAAGACUUGCGCAAGAGCAAUUUGGGCAAUUUGGGCAAUUUGGGCAAUUUGGGCAAUUUUCUCAAUCGAUUGAAAAUGAUAGUUUGAGGUCCUUGACGCUGAGUACAUGGGGGUCAGUGCAACGACAUGUUACGGCACGACGUCCCUCGUACAAUACAAUCGUUAUCACAAGGGAACAAUUCUAUAACCUAGACUAUCCUAAUGAUCCAAAACUUCUAGCAAAAGCACAAUUGGACCCCAAUUCAAGAUUCUAUGCUAGGUCUAGACCAAGAACUUUGAAUUUGCCUUCAUUGCUCCCUUAUCAAAUGGAAAACCCUCAAGAGCAAGCAAAGUUUUUGAGCCAUAUUGUAUCGCAUUUGUAUAUUGCUAUAAAAUCUUUGGAUAUUCAAGGAUCGCUUUCCAUUAGCGCAAAGGACUUGGCUGCGUUGAAGGACUCAAUCUCAGACGUGGAGUUGGUAUUGGAGACUAAUCUAUUUGAAAUGAACAGUUUGGAUUCUCAUGAAGAGGAGCCAUUAACGGAAGAUUUUGAUUCAUCCGACGAAGAAACAAUCAUUGGUGAAACCCCAGAGGAGCAAGAAGGAGAAGCAGAUACAGAGGAAGAUGAAGAAGACGAAGAGGACGAAAACGAUAAGAACGCAACAGUGCAGCAUAAGAGAUCACCCAAAUCUGCAGCAGUAGUUGGUGUGCGUACAUGGACUCAUGAACUAUUGAUAUGGCUCAAGAUGAAGUAUGAUAUGCCAGUAAGUUUGAGAGUAAAUUUGGCCCGUGUAUAUUUUGCAUUAUGUCUCUGCAGAGGACAACAGAUUAACUUGAAAACAUAUGUGCGAGUUUUUGAGCUCCUUACUAACGAUCAGCGUUUUCUUUAUGAGCAAGGCUUGAGGUUACCUUGGGAAGGUCUUUGCAAAGAGUUGCAAUAUUUGUUCCCUACAGUCGACCCUACUACAAUGUUGUUUGAGAAAAAGGAUCAGAAACAGUUGGCAAAGUUGGCUUCUAAAGCAUCAUACUUUUUCGAUAAAACAUGCUUGUCAAAAAUAUACCUGCGAAUAGGAUGCAAUUUCUCCGUUUCAACUUCAGCAUUAACUGUUUCGUCACUCACAUUGUUACCUACCACUUUCACGUCAAAUGGCGCUAGCGAUGAAAACGAUAUUCGGUAUUACCUCAAUUCAUUUUUCUACAUGUGGAUCAAGUUGAACAAAACUAAAGGAUUUGAAGAGCAGGUAUCGUCAAGAUUGGGUAUUAUAGCCAUGGAAACAUUGAUAAAAAUGGAGGAGGAUCCAAACACGAGACAAAUUGUCAACUUGGGAAAUUUCGGGAUUUUUUCUCGCGAUCAAAUGGAGUUUGUAUUUAAUGAACUUAUUAAUAGCUUGGGUAUCAUGACUAAAAAAUAUGCAUCGAGAAAGUUGAAGUACUUUCACGGGUUUGCUUCUAUUAUAACUUUUUCGAUGGUUGGCGACAAGGCAUUGGAAGAUAAUGGAGUGAUUUAUUUUAUAAGAACAUUGGUGAAUGCUAUUGAGAGUUAUAUCCAUCCAUCCAAUUCUGGUGAGUGGACGCGAGCUAUUUCAAGACUAGUUCUUGCAAUCAUUUACCAAUAUCACAAGAGGUACAACAUGGAAAAUGAGAUUAAUGGCGGCCUUUUCAACAUCCCCAGUGAGAUAAAAUUGCUGAGGACAGUUACAAAAGCAUUUGUCAAGAUUCUACUUCCAGUGGUAAAAAUCGGGAUACAAUCAAAACGCGGUGAUGUUUCAGACGAUUACCUUUCGGCUUUACAGCUUUUGGCCUUUUUGGAACCAAAUUAUGUUUUGGAAAACACAUUAUUGGAUAUCUAUGAAUCAUUGGAAGGUGUGCUAUCAACCCACCGCGUGAUCAAUGCCCUACGCACAAUUGAUACCAUAUCAAGACAUUUGGUCUCGACACCAGUAUUCAGAGUUCAUGUAACAAGAGUGCUUCUGUUGGCUCUACCUGGUAUAGACUCAAAUGACUUGGAAAAAACUUUACAAACAUUGGAGGUUUUUGCGGCUUUAUCUAAUUACAUGCCCAUUUAUGAUAUAAGUGAUGAGUUUAUGGACACACUACCGGCGCUAGAAUUCACUGAGAAUCACCUUGAGUACUUGAGAAAGAAGCUUUAUGAAGGCAAUAUUGAGGAGUUUAUCGUAGACCCAGAAGAUGAGAUUAGGGCACUAAAGUCGUCUACUGCUGCUUUUGAAGAGCUAUACAAGGCGUUGGCUCAGAGGUUACCUCCACUUCUUGAAAACUUGCCUGAUCCUUCUAAAAGUUCAGGCUUAGAGAGGAGUUUAGCCUUGUCUUUACCGAGGUUUUUUUUUGUGAUAUUUGAGUCGAUGUCAGAUGACAUUUUUGCAAUUUUUAGAAAAGAAUUAUUUGAGUUUGUAUUUAAAAAUGUUCAUCACACAGUUGCUAGUUCAGUAGGUGAGUUAUGCGGUGGAAUGAUAAAGCGUGACCCAAAAUGCUACAAAAAAGAAGCUAGAUUGUUGAUGGACAAGAUUAGGGAGGAGAUUAACGAGAAUGGUGCGGGCGCCUCUCGAACUGGAGUUGACAUUGUCCCUCGUGAUCAAGCAUUGUUUUGGUACUUGACAAUAUUGAAAGAUUGCACAGGAAACGCGGGCUCGCAGUUGACAAGUAUGUCUAAAGAACUUAAAGAAUUUUCAUUCUUUUUAAUGGAACAUGUCAAAGGUCCAUGUGUUUUUGCUUCAACUUUCUUUGUGAAUCAAGUUCUUCAAACAGUUACCAAAAUCAGGAUGAAUGAGUGCCGGUUAAUAGCGCCUGAAGUUGAGAAAGAAAAAGGAGUAAACUUUGAGUGCUGGGGCGGGUUUUGGGACAAAAAGGAAAGAUUUCUGGAGCAAAAUACCAACUUUGACUGGUUUAUGCCUACCGAAAAUGAAAUUAAAUUUGCUUACGAAUUCUUCAACGAUCACGUGACAAAGUGCUUGAAAAAUGUUUUAAAUCUCAUCAAGGACUAUGAGAAUGAUCAGAUCAAGUCGUCACUAUUCCUACUUGAUGAAUUACGCAUGAACCUUUUGUACUUUGCAUACUCGUUGAGUGGAAUUUCCUAUUUGUUAGACCCUUCGUUUGCAGAAGAUAUUCCAAAUUUGAACCAUGAAACCGAGUCCAUUCAACAGCGGUUGUUACUUCUCAAGCGCGUAAAGGAAGUAUCUGGGGUCUCCACUCAAAAGGACGUUUUAUUUGAUGAAGAUGUGAGGGGAAAUAUGGAGCAGAUUAUGAAGGAUUUGAGAAGUGAGGAUCUUAUUGGUUACAUUGGCGAUUUCGAAAAGAUGUGUGAGAUUGUCAGCGACAAAACAUCUGAGGGGGGUGAACAGGAUACUAGAGAAGAUAAAGAGACAUCAAGAAAGGCGACACCAUCAGAAAAACCAAUCUUUAGACAUCCGGCCCCACGCAGACCCGAUCUUGCGAUUCAUGACUUUGACUCGCAUGGUCGAGAAACACCAAAGGUUGAAGGAAUUCACAUGUCUAGUAUGAAUCCUGCUAUUACCUUCAGAGAGCGAAGCUUAUACACAUCGAAUUAUUUUUUUGGAAACGAUGUCAAGUUUAAGAAGUCUCGGGACUUGUAUCUAAAAAUACACAAAACAAGACAUUUAAUUGGAAGGAGUUUACAUUUUAUUACCAAUUUUUUGAUAUCAAACUUUGAUGACAACACUAGAAUAUUCAAAAACCUUUUGUUUGCAAUAAAUGUUUGGAUCUCAGAUGUCGGAAGAGAAAGAGUAUUGGGGUCGUUUAGUAAUGCUGAGAUUGAUUACAAUUAUGUUCAGUAUCUUCAAACAGUCAAUAGGAUUCGAAAGCCGUAUACACGUAUAGCAAUUGCAACCAGAUUGGAAGCUUAUCAUCAAACUCGAGUAGCAUUGCAUGCGACAGCAAGAGCAGAGACUAAUUUGGAUAGAAUAUUGAUGGAGGAUGUAGUGAAGCUUUCUGCCUCAAACUACUCAAAUAUUGCCGGUAGUGCACAAAGAGUUUUACUAGAUGGCAUGAAAAGAUUGAGUGGCUCAUAUAGUCAUAUUAUCAAGACUGCUUUCAGAUGUCUCAACAAAGCUUUGGAAGCGGAUGACCAUAAGAAAACAGAAAAUACUUUGAAGGUUUUUGCUUUGAAGCGGAUCAAGGUCAAAUUACAAAAUGAUUACUUUAGUCUUCAAAAAUAUAUAGAUAUCCUUCAUCGCUGUUUGAAAAUUGACGAUACAAAAGUAUACAAACUUGCUCACAGCCUUUUCACUAGUGUUUGCAAGAGCGUGACUUUACCUAGCAGUGUGUGCAUAAUUGAUGAACAAAUGAUAGACAUCAUUAGACCCCCAGAUCAAUACAUCGAUUUAGAGAUCAAGGCCGUUAGAUUGGCCAAAGAGAAGAAAAGGAAGUUGUACUAUGACCGAUGGGAAAAAUUACAGGACAAGGCUAUUAGUGAAGAGCGCAAUAAUAAUACUCACUGGAAAAUCACGUUGCUGAACUUGGAAUUGUUGCUGAACUUACAGUCGUAUUUAGAGACCCCUGUGAGAACCGAAACUUUACAAAUUUUGUUUAACGAAGCUUCCAAAGAGCAUCCGAUCAUAUUGAGACAUGCAUUGCAUGGAAUAACUCGUAUCAUGACUAAGAUUAAUAUUCUUGACCGGUAUGGUUACGAUGUUCGCAAUUGUUACGACUUGGAUUUUCUUAGCAAAACAGAAAAAUUAGUGGACACAAAACCUCGCGGUAACCAGUCUUAUUUCAGCCGUUGGAUCCAAGAGCUUGCAAAUACCGAAAACCCUAGCUUCUAUGUUGAUGGUAAACCAAAUACGGGAUGGCUAUUUUGGGGAGACAACUUAAAGGUAGUGCGUUCGGAGCCCACAUAUAAAUUAGAGUUGAGCCCGGAAGAUCAUGCUGCAUUAUCAAAGUUUGGAAGUUUAAUAAAUAGAGAUUGGUUUUUGAAGAUUGUGAAGAUGUGGGUCUCGGAUGCCGAGAAUAGCAAUGCUUUUCAAAUGUCUGACGUUUUGAUUAUAGAGACGUUGGUUUUAUUGAUAUCAAAUGGCUUUACACCGAACUUUUCGUAUUCGGAUUUGUUGAGUUUGGUCGACGAUAUUUACGAAAGCGAUGAAAAAAGUGCUCAUAUUGGUACAUGUGAGGUUUUUGCCGGAGUACUAUUAGCUUCGAAAUCUACCGCUCCAAAAUACUGGGAUGAGCGUGAUAACUAUGUUUCCAAACGCUUGAAGAAGAUUUUGGAAAAUGACAUUUCCCCAGGUACGCAGAGUACGUGGUCUAUAUUUACCUUGUGGGUACCAGCACACGGGGAUUAUAGAAGAUUCCCAAAGGUGAUUGACGAGUUUUUGAAUUUCCAAGUAGAUCCCAAGUCAGACUCGGCGUUUAAAGAAUCUUCUCGAAUUGGUUAUAUUAGGACCAUUAUAGCAGCGUUAUCGUGGCGUUUAGUAGAUCCUGACAAGUUCUUGAAACUAUGUUUGGACAACAUAAACCACAAAUAUAAUGCAGUGAGAAAGGAAAUUGGGACGCUUAUGGCAAUGUUGUCGAUGAACUAUUAUGUUGAGUCGAUUGCGGAUAGUAAAACCUUUGUUGAAUAUUGCAACGAUAAUAACCGGAACUUUCAAGUUAGAGGAGGAUCAGAAGGCAAUAGUGGAAGAUUUUUGACUGAAAUUCCGAGACUAUUUGAGCACGUUGAGGCAGAACGGAAUGAAGUGGCUGGAUUACCCCCUCAGAGGAUUUUAGUUUCAGAUUACAUCAACACAGCUACUACAUUGUUAUACUGGCUCAAACAAGAGGUGAAUACAAACUCCAGCAUAUUACUUCAGGAAUUUAUUCCAAGUUAUAUUGUUCCGUUUUUACUUGAACUUAUCAAUAUGAAAGAAGUGUGCCAGCUAGGUAACAUUGAUCCAAUCACUGCUUUCAAAAAAGUGUCUCAAAUAUCAUAUACCAAGGAGUAUCUUGGGGAUAUCGUAGCAAUGUUGGAUAAGUACACUAAACUGGACUUAAACUUGGUGCAAACCAUUGUUGUGGGAGAGUUUACAGAAACGAUUUUUUUUAGAAACUUGUUUAAGUUGUCCAAGGCGCAACGUGAGAAAAUCGUGGAGAUUACAGGUUCUCUAUUGUAUCACAAAAACAUUGAAGUCAGAGAAGCAGAAGCGGCAACGUUAUCUGGUUUAAUACACAUGUUGCCCUUAGAAGAAGUUGAACUGGUUGUUAAGAGAUUUAUUGAUUUGUAUACAAAACAAUUGGAUCAGCUUCGAAGUGUAUAUAAAAAGAAGAAGGGAAAUUUCAAGAACAUGACACAGGGAGAUGUGAUUAUAUUGCAUGGAGCCACAUUGGGUUUGGGAUCUCUUGUCCAUGCGUUCCCCUUUGCAUCACCGCCUCCAAGCUGGGUUCCAGCAGUUUUAACAACUUUGGCAAAUAAAGCAACUGGUCUUCCUGGAGUAGUUGGAAAAACCGCUAAAGAAAUACUUGGCAAGUUCAAAAAAGACAGACAGGAUACAUGGCACGUGGACAGCAAGAUAUUCCAACCAGAGCAAAUGCAAGAUCUCGAAGGAGUACUUUGGAGAAGUUACUUUAUUUAG